AUGUCUACUCCAUCGUAUUUAGUCUUUAUCGGACUUAUCCAUUUUGAGAAGAAGGAUUAAGAGAGAAAAAUAUUAAAGAAGGUAAGCUUAGCUUAAGUAGAUGAUAAUGACAUAAUGGAGUAUUUGAGAAAUGAAUAGGAAUACGAGAGAAAGAGGAACAAAGCUCAAUCUCCCUUUUUGCAUAGAUUAGAGUAAAGUCCUGAGUAUAUAUUGGUAUUGUAGCCAUCAGCAAUGAAUCAAGCGAGUUAAACAUUAAGAGGACUAGAGGAUCACAUAUCGUUGCACUUGCUUACUGAAUUGCCUGAAGANCACUAAAUGAAAAUGCUUAUUCAAAAGAAAUGA